GGAAACCGGAUGGGGCGCUGGACCAGGCUAGGGUCAGAGAACAGGUUGAUGGAUCAAGCUGUUGUGUCAACCUUGUGGUCCCACCUGGGGGAAGAGGUUACUCUUGACCUGCAUAUGGGGUUGAGAGGGAGAAGAACCAUGAUCCCUGCCCUGUGGGAGGCCCAGAUGUGAUGGAAACGUGCCCAGAGCCUGGCAAGCUCUCAGAAGCAAGCAGAGUGCAAAACAUGCAGCUGGGCCUUGAGUCAACUCGGUGUAGAAGUGGAGAGGAGUCUGUCAGGAAAGGCUCUUUGGUAGAAGGUGACAGUGGCAUGGCUGUGCCCCAGCCUUUCCCAUCGGGGCCCCACCUCCAGCCUGCAGGUGCCCUGAUGGAGCCCCAGCCCUGCCCUCGAAGCCUGGCCGAGGGCUUCCUGCAGGAAGAGCUUCGGCUUAAUGAUGAGCUGAGGCAGCUGCAGUUUUCCGAGCUCGUGGGCAUCGUCUACAACCCUGUGGAGUACGCGUGGGAGCCACAUCGCAGCUACGUGACCCGCUACUGCCAGGGCCCCAAGCAAGUGCUCUUCUUGGGCAUGAACCCAGGACCCUUUGGCAUGGCCCAGACGGGGGUGCCCUUUGGGGAAGUGAGUGUAGUCCGGGACUGGUUGGGCCUUGGGGGGCCUGUGCGGAGCCCUCCCCAGGAGCACCCCAAGCGACCAGUGCUGGGACUGGAGUGCCCUCAGUCCGAGGUGAGCGGUGCCCGGUUCUGGGGCUUUUUCCGGAACCUCUGUGGACAGCCCGAGGUCUUCUUCCGUCACUGUUUUGUCCACAACCUGUGUCCGCUGCUCCUUCUGGCUCCCAGCGGGCGCAACAUUACCCCUGCUGAGCUGCCGGCCAGGCAGCGCGAGCAGCUCCUGGGGGCGUGUGACACAGCCCUGUGCCGGCAGGUGCAGCUGCUGGGGGUGCGGCUGGUGGUGGGCGUGGGCCGCCUGGCUGAGCAGCGGGCACGGCGGGCUCUGGCCGGUUUGAUGCCCGAGGUCCAGGUGGAGGGGCUCCUGCACCCCUCCCCUCGCAGCCCACAGGCCAACAAGGGCUGGGAGGCAGUGGCCAAGGAGAGACUGAACGAGCUGGGCCUGCUGCCGCUGUUGACCAGUUGAGCACCCCUGCGGCUGGCACAGGACAUGUUCAAGGCCUCCAGGUCCUUCUGGGCCAGCAGAUGACCACACACCUCUUGGACUGGAGCCACAAGGUCCCCCUGGGCUCCCCAGUUUGGGGGACCUGCCGUUUUGACAUUGCUCCUGCUUGCCUUCCUGAUUCCCGGUCACUUCACCUUCCUUCCGUCUGUGGUACCCAACUCCACAGAGAGCCAGCGUCUGUGAGCUGCUCUACCUCACUGCUUCCCUGGAGCCUCUCUUCUGCAGAGAGACCCCAACAGUGACUUCUGAGGUCCUAUCUGCUGUUCUAGAGGAAAGAUCCCACCAGGAUCCCCACCUGUCCUCCUAGAACGGCUUCCUGCAGCUCACCCGUCUCCCCACAGGCACUGGGACAAAGCUUGGGUCGUGGCUGCUAAAAGUGAGCCUCUGAUGAGAGGCUGAGGGUGGGUCGGGGGAAUUCAGUGUGGCAGCGUGGGCAAGGCCAGAAGACCUGGAUUUCCAUCCCAGCCCUGAGACUUGUGAACUUUGUGAUUCUGGACAAGCGGAUUGACUUCUCCAAGCCUCAGGAUCCUUCCUCACCUAUAAAAUGGGGUCCCUGCCUCACCGGGCUGGUGUGGGGAUUAACUGAGAUAACACUUAAAAGUGCCUUGCAUAGUGCCUGGCACGUGCGUGCUCACUACACCUUUUCUGGGUUUUCCGCCUCUUGGUUGGGGACGCGCUACACUACACUACACAGGAAGCCCCUCUGCCCUGAAGACCAGGGUGAGGGGAGGGGUGGGGGUCUGGGCCUCCACCCGUGUCCCGAGUGACGGGCAAGGUCUUGCCCCAGAGAUGGACCAAUGACUUUAUGGAAAACCCAGCCUGUGAUUUUUCAGGCUAAGCAUUAAAAGCUCCUAAACCCUUUUGUGUUGGCCCUUUUUUCCCUCCUGCACGUCAGGGGUGGAAGGUGGUAGUUUAUAUUUUCCCUUUUACCUCUUCCUGUUUGCAAAAGGUUCUCUUGGGUGGCUGGGUAAUGGUACGAAGUCUCUCAUUACCUUGCCAGAGCUGCAGGAUCUCUGUUAGAGGCCUGUCGAGUGGUUUGUUUGCUACUUGGGGCACUUUGAUGGGUGGACAGGAGCCUGGUUCUCCAGCUAACUCAUUUCUUACCUUUGCCACAUGUCUGCCCCUGUAGUAAGGGCUUGGAAGUGAAUCCAGUCAGGAGCAGAGACCACCUUAAUAAGGAACACGUGAUUGGACUCUAGCUCCUGGUAUAGACCAUCUCCAGAUCUCAAAAUAACAUUUUUAAUAUGUGUCCUCCCCAUUAUAUAAUAAAUAAAUUGAGUGGCCUCCAUUCUUAGUUGUUGAGAGGGGGCCUCUAGGUCCUUGUCAUUUCACAAGCGCCAGGAAUUUUGUCAUUCAUGGUAGGACCCUCAGACUACACAUGAGCUUUUGCUGAAAUUUGACUCAGGAGGGCUGACCAUGCCCAAAAGACCAACCAUGUGAUCUGAGGGUGUGGACUUUGAGACAGGUGAUAUCAGCCUUGACCCCCAGGGAGGGGAGACGGGGCUGGAGAUUGAAUUCAGCCACGUGGUUAAGACUUCAAUCAGUUCUGUCUUCAUAAUGAAACCCUAUAAAGACUCUGGACAGGGAGACCUUGGUGAACAUGUGGAUAUGUCAGGAGAGUGGUGUGUCCUGAUCCCAGGGGAGAAGGGACAUGACGUCACUUUGGGACCCUCCCAGAUCUUGCAUUAUGUGUCUUCA